GUGAGACAGGAGGAGGAGCAGUUACAAGACAGAGACCAUCCUGUCGAUCCGCUACAUGUAUGUGAAUGGGCCGAUCAGUCACAUGAUGAGAUAUCGGCCAGCGGGGAAAGACGAUAGAGCGCGUAUGUAUCCGUAUGUAGUCGUAGCGUGAUUAUUCGUCAAAGUGUUGUUGAUAAUGGUAUUGUGUGUGCGGCGUGGGCUCGCUUCUCAUGCAGCUCUUUGGCUGUGCCGCGCGACUUUUGGUAUCCGGAGCUUGGGGAAAUGGGCGGACAGGGAAGUUGAAAGCAGGCAAAGACGAGUUGCAGUGCAAGGUAUCGGUUAAGGUAGGGUUCGAGAUGGGUCGGUUCCAAGUGUCCGAGAUGUGGCCCUGGCCCCCUCGGAGCUCGCAUGUUCCUGAAAGAGGGCAGACGAUCCGGACAAGCGGUCAGAAUCUUGAAUUAUGGUGGAUGCAGGCGUGGGCGGCGUGCUUCUCUGCGGCCGAAAGGAGAGAACGAUGUUCGUUGCGUCGGGAGGAAUAUGUUGCCUGUAAGGUGUCGCCGUGUCGCCGAGUCCAGCCACACGAGUAAGGUCAAGCAGGUACCUAAGGGAGGUAGGCAGGUACUGCGUACGGUGAAGUAUCUAUGUAUCUUCUCAAGGUGAGUAUCCCGUGCGGAUACCUACCUAGGUGAGACCGUAAGGUGUAAGCAAGGUGAGG